AUGAGGUUGAUCGUAAUUUUAUUUCUUUUAUAUUCCAACGUUCUGGAGAUUGAAAAUAGAAUGCUUCCUAUUUACUACGAAACUGAGGCCCCUAUAACCGAUAGUGAUUCCGUAACAGAUCCCGUUACAAAUGACGGCUCGAAGGAAAAGGCGAUAAUUCCCAAAACAUUUGAUGAUGAGGAAUUUGAGCUGGAACAAAUGAAAGCAAACAAUGUAAUUCAAAAAAAGCCGUGCGCGAUAGUAGUGCUAUCUAAUAUUCAAAACCCGUCGAUGCAGUCGCUAUUGAGGAAGUACAAAUAUGACGCAAAUGGCAUACUAAUUCCGAGCAGCGUGAAAUACUUCAUAAAGCUACCGCAGAGUUUGAAGUCACCAUCUGUCCUAAUGCCACUAAAUGACAAAGCAUUCUCGCCUCUAGGAGGGUUCGUCAGGUAUUAUAAAGAAGUGCCACCGAUCCCGCACGCUUGGUAACUUAGCUAAAAUAAGGUAUUCUUCAGGUAAAUUCUCCAAACUUAU